AGCUGCGCCGGCUCGCGAGCUCUCGCCGCGGGUCUCGCGCAGAGGAGCCCCUCGGUGUCGCCGGGGCGUCGGCGCGGUCCCGGCCCGCAGCCCCGCCGUCCUUUUCUUUUUCAGCGGACAAUCUGCCGCUCGAUCCGGGAUCACAGCCCGCAGCCAUGGAUUCGUUAGACAAAACUAUGGCGCACGGGAAGGCUCGCGAAGAUGUAGAUGACGACGAGAAGGAGCCGGAGCAGCUCGACGAGGACGAUGUCGACAUCAUGCGCACCUACGGCGUCGGGCCCUACGUGCGGCCACUCCAGAGGGUGGAGAAAGAGAACAAGGAUUACAUUGGAAAGAUCAAUAAGCUCAUCGGGGUCAAGGAGUCGGACACUGGCCUCGCCCCCCCGAGUCAGUGGGAUCUGGAGGGCGACAAGCAGAUGAUGAAACAGGAGCAGCCGCUCCAGGUGGCGAGGUGCACGAAGAUCAUUGACCCUGGCACGGACGACACAAAGUACAUCAUCAAAAUCCGUGAAUUCGCAAAGUUCGUCGUGGGCCUCGGAGAGAAGGUGUCCGCAACAGACAUCGACGAGGGCAUGCGGGUCGGAGUGGACACGUCACACGGAGGCAAGUACCGCAUUCAGAUCCCGCUGCCGCCGAAGAUCGACCCGUCCGUGACCAUGAUGACCGUAGAGGAGAAGCCAGACGUUACGUACAACGACGUCGGUGGCGCGAAGGAGCAAUUAGAGAGGCUCCGCGAGGUCAUCGAGAUGCCUCUGCUUCAGCCGGAGCGCUUCGUCGCUCUGGGCAUCGAUCCUCCGAAGGGCGUCCUGCUCUACGGCCCCCCUGGCACAGGCAAGACACUGACAGCGCGUGCGGUGGCCAAUCGGACAGACGCGUGCUUCAUCUGUGUCAUCGGUUCGGAGCUGGUCCAGCGCUACGUGGGCGAAGGUGCGAGGAUGGUCCGAGAGUUGUUCCAGCUCGCGCGUACCAAGAAGGCGUGCAUAUUAUUCAUCGACGAGGUCGACGCAAUCGGCGGCUCCCGUGGCGGCGACGAAGGGAACAGCGACAGCGAGGUGCAGCGCACGAUGCUGGAGAUCGUCAACCAGCUCGAUGGAUUCGAGGCCCGCGGCAACGUGAAGAUCCUCAUGGCCACCAACCGGCCAGACACACUAGACCCGGCUCUGCUCCGGCCGGGGCGCUUGGACAGAAAGAUCGAGUUCGGGCUGCCAGAUCUCGAUGGCCGCACGCACAUCUUCAAGAUCAAGGCGAAGACGAUGGCCAUGGACCGGGACAUCCGCUACGAGCUGCUCGCUCGACUCUGCCCCAACACCACCGGGGCCGAGCUGACCAGCGUGUGCACCGAGGCGGGGAUGUACGCCAUCCGCGCGCGCAGGAAGAGCAUCUCGGAGAAGGACCUGAUCGAUGCGAUCAACAAAGUGGUGAAGGGCUACUCAAAGUUCUCGGCCACCCCGAAGUACAUGGUCUACAACUGAGGGCCCCCAACACACAUAGGACGGCGGGCCGCUCUGGCGUUGACCCUGGCCCGCGCCCUGAAAAUAGCCAUCGGCCAAGUUGCACAGAAGACGAGUGAACGUCGCUCAAGCAGAAACAACAUGCAGGCUUGCAAGUGCGAUUCAGUUUGUUCACACGACGCAGUAUACAUCAGCUAAGCUCUGGUGAAUAGAGGACAUGUUUGCGCUACAGUUGUAUAAGCUGCAGCCGCUGACGUGCACACUGUAUGGCACGCUUUUGUGAGAGUUGAUUCCGCAUGCACGGUGGAGGCAUCGGUUGGUGGAUUCGGUGAUGAGGGCUCAGGUUCGUGUGUCCUGGUGUGAUCGCUCCCUCGCGGAAGCCACUGGGGUGGUCCUCGACUGCUCUUCAAUCGAUGGGCGUCGGCAGUCGGCACGUCUAUUAUCUAUUUAGUUCCUGAAAUGCAGGAACCUGGCUAACAUAUAGAUUUGUUUAUGGCUGCUGGCUGCUAAGG